CAGAUUACUAAUAUCAGUAGGACUUGUCCAUAUCAACCGAAAUGUUGCACCGACUCGGUUCGGUUCAGUUCACGGGUGCUAUUAAACAUCGUGUAGUUGUCAAAACAUGAAAACGUCACAAAGUUCUUCCAUGGAAAACCAAAAGGUUCAGAAAUACAGAAUCACCUCUUCCCUCUCUAGGGCACGAAAGCGCGGGAAGCCAAAACAAAAAUCUCAGUGAUCCACCGAUCAUGCCGCACUGCAGGCAGAUCCGUCUACUCCCUUGUGCUUUUGCGAAUUAGGGUUCAUCUCGCUCGAAUCGAAUUAGAAAAAAAGGAGAAAUGGUCUGGAAUUACCCAGAAAUUUCCAAGGAAGAUUUCACGAAGCUACUGAAAGGGUUUGUAGAUUUGCUCAUCCUCGCAUCUGGGUUUCAAUCUUCUGGCGUUCCCGCUCACUGGGACGCCGAGAAUUGCAGGAAAGCUCUUCAAUGGGGUCUCUUCUUCGAAAACAUGUUAAGAAGCAUUAAUAGUUCAGAGAGAUUUGGGGAAACUGUUAGUGAGGUUGAGGAAGCUAUAUCAGAGAUGAAAUCGAACCCCUUGUUCCCAAAGGGUAUGGAGAAUCUGUCGUCAGAUACUCUCUCAAAGGGAAGAGAGUUUCUCCUAGAGCAUUUGAUGAAUAACUCAACGUUGAAGGAUACGCAACUCCAAGUUGUUCUGGUAGCAGCUGUGGAGUCCGGUGAGGGCAUUAUAGACGUAAUUGAUGGGAAGCUCAGUGAGAGGCAAGCUGUUGUGUCACGUGUAUCAGAGCUUGAGACUGGUUUGAAGAUCCUUUCCAAACAAGACAAGGACACAACUUUGUUGGGUGGAGUACAACAGCCUAUUGAGCUUGUAACAUGGAACAAAUGGCAAUCAAAAGGUUUGUCUUAUUUUCUGAGUAAGAGAACUUUGAGAUUGGUAUCGGGAGCCAGCUUGAUAUUUUCUGCACCGAGAGCUCAGUGGGCAGAGGUGUUGAGAAGGCUGCACGUUUCAGCUGAGAACAAAGAGGAUAUAUUCGUGGAAAAGAUUGAGCUACUGUUACUAGGAUGCGUAACAAGCAGAUGGACUCAUUUAAUCGAAGGUAUCAUGUCAGUUUCUUACAAAACUGUCACCGUGUCAGAACAAUACGAGGAGUUGUGUAAGCUACUUCUUCAAAAAUCUAAAGGUUUAAAACAGAAUGAGAUCGCUUUGACUUCAAAGGUUGAAGAGAUUCUUGAGUAUCUAACAGAUAUAUUAAAGAAUCGUUCUCAUCACCUCUGGAAAUUGCCUUCUGCCCUUACCGCAGCUGCAAUUCCACCAUGGUCACCACUUUUUGCUCUGUAUUUUGGCGGAAUGGAGAAACAGUUGAAACUAGACCUCUCAGCAACCAGAUGUUGUAGCUGCGAUAAAGAUCUAAAGGAGCAUAAGGACUGUGAGCUCGCGGAAAGAGUCUGGUGCUUGUACGUAUUCCAUAUUCUCUGCAGAUGCCACCAAACAAUUUAAUGGGUCUUAAACCAUACAAGAAGAUCAGUUCAUCAUGAUCAUAUUGAUGCAGAUAUUUUUUGUGCCUUAGCUUGUAGAUGAAAACAAAAAAAAAGUUUGAUAUGUAUGCUUUCAAUUUCAGUCACCAUCUAUUCAGUAAAUGGAUAAGUAACAGGAAUGAAUCGUUUUUUUCUUUCUGUAAUUGAAGAUAUUUCCUUUGCUUUUAUUUUUGGUUGUUAUGAAAAUUGAAUUCUCUAUGCUGUUGUUAUCCAUCGUUAUCUUUUGGCCACGUUUCUUUACUUUUACGUCAGGUUAACAAGAAAGCACUUAACGCGUGGGGUCGCCUUUUAAGUUUUAGGUAUAAUCUUUCGUCUUUUUUUUUGGGGUAUAUUCUUUGUUUCUUUCUUUUGUAUCGAAUUAGGGUCAGUAUCUAUCCUACAAAUCGUCAUCGUUUAUGCUUUUGGACGGUGUAUACUAAUCCAGUUGAAGUUUUUUUUUUUUAAACAGGCAAAUCUCACUUUAACCGAAUCUUUCCAGCAGUUUCAGACAGAACUGAAAACGAGUUCGCGUCAGAUUGUAUACUUUUUGAUAUAAAGGGUUUUUCAAAAGUGGAAAGUAUUCAUUCGUUGAGAUUUUUCUGCGUCACCGUUGUCCGUUGGUAUACAAAAGGUGGGUAAUUUGAUUUUCCACCCAAAAGUUUGACGGGUGAUUAUGACCCACAUAUUAGGCUUUGUGAUGUGGAGCUGACACUAACCAAAAUAAUCAAACACAUCUAUUAACACAAA